CAUACAACUUAUUGGACCCUCUAGAAGACUAUACGUCAAAAACUCUAAACUGUGCGCGUUAGGCUACAUAUCAGCAUUUCCCGGAAGCUUACAUAUAUGUACCCAUUAUCUCGAUGUCCAAAAACCUCAACACUAUAUAUACCAGAAAGCUGAAGCCAACAUUCCCAAAAGCAAGUAAAUAUCAUCAAUUCAUUGAUUCAUCUUGUACUUUAGAGAGCCAAACAGAAAAGAACGUACACAUCCUAUUUCAAACCUUUCCAGGUAAUCAUCAAAAAUGGCUGAGAAGAUCAAACAGGCCUUGGCAUCAGUCAAAGGUGUUGCUACCAGAAAAGAUGAAAAAUUGCCCACCUUCCAAUCUGAGGAAGAGCUCAAACGCCAGAAGAGGAUCAAAUUGUUUACAUAUAUUGGUAUUUUCAUUGUGUUCCAAAUCAUAGUCAUGACCGUAUUUGGUCUUACAGUGAUGAAAGUGAAAACACCUAAAGUGAGAUUGGGAGCCUUCAGUGUCCAAGAGCUCACCUCCGUCCCUGCAACACCUUUGUUCAACACAAGCUUCACGACCCAAAUCAGGGUCAAGAACACAAAUUGGGGUCCCUAUAAGUUUGAUGCAAGCAUUGCAACAUUCAUGUACCAAGGUGUUCCUUUGGGGCAAGUUGCUAUUCCAAAAAGCAAGGCCGGGAUGCGUUCCACCAAAAAGAUUGAUGUCACCAUGAGUUUGAGUACCGAUGGAUUACCAAGCAGUAGCAAUCUCAGUACUGAAUUGAACAGCGGGGUGUUGACGCUAACCAGCCAAGCCAAAUUGACCGGAAAGGUUGAAUUGAUGCUCAUAAUGAAGAAGAAGAAGUCUGCCAAUAUGGACUGCACCAUAGCUUUUGAUUUGUCCACAAAGACUGUCAAAAGUUUACAAUGCAAGUGAGAGUUGAACUACUACUCCGGAACUCUAAAUUAGGCUAGUUCAGCUACUGGAUUGCGAGUGAUCGAUCAAGACUAGCUAGUUCUUGAUCUGUAUAUUUAUUUCAUUCUUUUUGUCUCUUUGAUACUUGGAUUUGUUGUAGAGCUAUAUGAUGUCAUUUAUUCAUUGAUCUUUUACCCAGAGGCCACUGUAUUUCUUCUUUACCUGCUGUAACAUUAUUGAAUAUAGAAUUUUAGACAGA